AUGGGUUUGGUGUUAUCGCUACCAUCGAGCGAGGUCAUUGCAGUGACAACUCUCGCUGCAUUGUCACUUCUGGGAAUCAAGUUAUGGCAACAGCGCAGUUACGAGAAGCUGCUCCCUCCUGGCCCCAAGAAGAUUCCCAUCUUCGGCAACUUGUUCCAAGUCUCAGCUCUUAGGCCCUACCCUCAAUUCAGGAAAUGGGCGCAAGAGUACGGGCCAGUGUACCACCUGAAAUUUGGCUCGCAAGAUAUCGUGGUUUUGAACACCCCAGAAGCAGCAGACGAGCUCUUCGUGAACCGCAGCAAGAUUUUCUCUAGCCGUAUCGCACCCCACGUCGCCCAUGAUAUCAUGAGUGAGGGCCAACGCAUGGCGUUCCUGCCGUACAACGAUGAAUUCAAGGCACGUAGUUUACGUCUUGCGGAUCCCCUCACAUCACUCCAACCAUCAAUCGGUCCCCUGCCCUCUAGGCAGCUCCGCCCAAUGCAAGAACUAGAGUCUCGUGUGGCCCUCUAUGACUUGAUGAACCACGGUGACAAGAGCAUUACGCUGUACCACACAGCUGGCCCCAACGGAGAAGUCCCAGAACACCACUGGUUCUCGCUCAUUCGCCGUUUCACGACAAGUUUGGUGUUGACCCUGAUGUACGGUACGCGAGUGCACAAGAUUGAGAACACCCCACGACUACACAAACUAUACCGCGUACUAGCGAACAUGACAUCCGUGGCUCAGCCUGGGAACUACCUUGCGGAUGGGUUCCCGAUCCUGCGUAAGCUGCCCGACUUCCUAGCUCCAUGGCGAGUUCAAGCUCGUGCUAUGCACGAAUGGGAGAUCGAACUCCUUGGCGGGUUCCUAGAGGAUCUGAAGGCUGAGAUGAAGGCAGGCAGGCAGCGCGUCGAAUGUUAUGCUAGCAAGUACCUCAAAGCCCGAGCUGAAGCUGGGUACGAAGACGCGCCAGGAAGUGGGCUCACUCCUGAUGGCCAGUGGAUGAAAGAUAAGUUCGUGGCAUAUACGGCAGGUACCAUCGUCGAAGCUGGGUCAGAUACCACCGCUAGCACUGCUCAUACUUUCAUCUUGAUGAUGUUGAGCUACCCGCACGUGCUAGAGAAACUUCGCGCCGAAAUCGACAGGGUUGUUGGACCUGAUCGCUUGCCUACGUUCGACGACGAGCCAAACCUCCCAUACUUGGUUGCGUGUAUCAAGGAAACACUCCGUCGCCGACCUGCCGCUAUUCUCGGCGUUCCCCACGCCAACGACGAAGACGUAUGGUACAACGGUUACCUCAUUCCCAAGGGAUCCAAUGUCUUCGGAAACAUCUGGGCAAUCCAUAUGGACCCGAAGCUCUUCCCCAACCCCACCGCGUUCAUUCCUGAGCGCUGGUUAAGCCCCGAUGGCAAGUCGACGUCGUGGGGUGAUGGGUUUGACGGUGAACGUGACCAAUGGGUUUUCGGUUGGGGCCGCCGCCUCUGCCCAGGUUCCUAUAUCGCCGAAGCAUCCUUCCUCAUUCUGCUCUCCCGCAUCAUCUGGGGCCUCGACUUCUCCGCCCCCAAAGACCCCAAAACCGGCCGUGAUAUCCUCCCAGAUUUGGCGGACGAAGAGACCUUCAGUGAAGGUUUCAUUAGUAUCCCCAGGAUCUUUGGUGUGGAGUGGCGCCCAAGAAGUGAGAAGCACGCACAAAUCAUCAGGAAUGAAUUCGAGGACGCUCAGGCGCAUUGGUCGAACUUGAACUUGCCCGGAGAUGAGCGAUAA